AUGAGGCUAAGUUUUGUGAUUACUCUUAUCCUGGCAGGUUCCCGACUGUCCAACGCUUUCUGGUGGCCAAAGACAACAACGGAAAGCAGGGAACCGAGUGGCGGCCAAAUUCUCCAGCAAAUUCCGCUUACCUAUUUCCGCACAUACACUUAUCAGCCAUUGGCUCCUGGGUUCUAUGGAUUUGGAGCUGCUCAGACGCCUUUGCUGCCUGGUGCUCAGUACGAUCCAUAUGGGAUGACCAGUUACGCUGCUGCCAGACGACAUGACUCUGUUUCCAGGCAAGAAGUGACUGCUCCGGCGGAGUUGAGCAACGCGCCGAGUAGCUCUCGGACCACCAGCACCACACCCGCGCCAACGACCACAACUACGACCACCACCACAACCACCACUCCGGCACCAACAACAAAAGCUAGUACUACUACCACCAGCACAACCCCACCACCAGUACCACCUCCGCCACAGUCCACCAGUAGUAGUUUCUCCGAAGGAUCUACUUCCAGCUUGCUGCGCUUCGGUGAAUAUCCCGCGUACAAUCGCCGGGUAAGCAACCUCUACAACGCCAGGCCCCAAUAUCCAUAUCCGGACUACUUCAACUAUCAGCCGCAGCAGCAGACCGUAGUAUCGGAGCAAGGGGUCUCCAGUAACAGUCGCAUCCAAUUUGUUCCCUGCAUGUGCCCCGUCAGUAUGCCCAGUUUCGUGGCAUCCUCGACAGCGUCCACAUUGCCUCCGCAGCUGUCCACUUCCUCCACAUCGUUCGUGUCCCAGCCGGCGGCUCGUCACAUCGAGGGACAGGAAUUGGAAGCGGAAGCUGAUGGCGAGACAGAUAAUGAGGGAGAGGAAGAGGACGAGGAUGAUGAACAGGGGCAGGAACAGGAGCAGGGCCAGAGCCAGAGUCACGGUCUGGAAGACGGUGCCACCAAGGCGCAGACAGAAGGACAGGAUAUAACUUCAGACAGUCCUAUCUAGUUCAAUUGGAUGGUGCAGAAACAGCCUUCCUUGUACAAAGGCCAAUCCACGACUGACUUGUCACUAAAGGGGUGCCCUACAGAUCUUAAAACAAAUAUUAAAAACAAAUGAAAAUCGAUUAAAAAUAAUAUUUAGUAAGAAUGCCAAUUCAGGGAUACUACAGCACAUAAAAGUAAGCGUCUGCUGAAAAUAUUUUUUUUUUCAAUAUUUAAUAAAUAUAAUA